AUGUCCGAAGAUGCCCGCUCACUGGGAACGCUGGCAGCGGCGGUUGCCCCUGGUUAUAUGCAAACCGCUGCGGCUACCACAUUCGAGGCUUCCAUUGCAGGAUCAUGGACGGGCCUGACCGGCCGCAAACAGGGACUGGCCAGACCUGGAGAUGUCGAAAAGAUUUCACAGGCUCAAUGGUUCACGGGCGGCUGA